AUGAGUCCGAUAGGUUCCAUCAUCAGCGCCCCAGUAGCAGGCUGGCUUCAAGAUCGUAUCGGUCGACGCUGGUCUCUCGCUCUUAGCUGUUUCAUCUGUGCCGUCGGGAUCGCAAUUGCGUUCUGCUCGAAUCUUCCCGAUAACAUGAACUUCCGUCGUGGUGCAUUCUUGGUAGGGAGAUUUGUACAGAGAUGGGGUGUCGGUGGUGUAAUGGCCGGUGCGCAGACGUAUCUGUCCGAGACUGUGCCGACUAGUCUGAGGGGCUCUGCCAUAACUCUGUCGCCGACUUUCAUGUUACUGGGAGAGUUAAUUGGCGCGCUUGUAAUUUUUGUGUGUGAACAUAAGACUGGCCCAGCCGCGUUCUUGAUUCCGUUUGCGACUCAAUGGAUUACUACGCUGUUACCGUUCAUCCCAACGUUCGUGCUGCCCGAGAGUCCGUCUUACAUGAUCCGCAAGGGAGAGUACGAUCAAGCACACCAUGCCAUGAAGGCGCUUCAUACAGAAAGAGUGGACGUGACACCGCUUCUAACCCAAAUGCGUUUGUCGAUUGCGAGUGAAGAGGAGAUGUCCCAGGAGCUGGCGUAUAUCGACUGCUUCAAGGGUUCCAAUCUACGCAGAACGACGAUCGUGGCGUGUUCGUUCAUGAUGCCCAGUCUCUUCGGCGUCCCGCUACUCGCGAGUGCCAGCUACUUCAUGCAGGUGGUCGGCAUGUCAUCGAGUCUGAGUAUCAUGAUCCUGAUUGUGGGCAUCGUACUAGGUCUCUUGGCCAAUGCUGUGGGAGUUUGGCUCAUGAGCCGGUUUGGUCGGCGCCCUUUGCUACUCUGGACGCUGGCGAUCUCGACCGUGUUGUGGCUGAGCAUGGGAAUCGCUGGUUGCUGGUCAGGCAAUAUAGUUGUGUGGUGGACGGCGAUAUCCUUGAUCCUUGUCGUCCUGAUUUGCGGUAUGGGUGCAUGGCCCUCGUCUUACGCUGUCAACGGUGAAGCGUCAUCCCUGCGCCUCCGAGCCAAAACCCAGGGCCUUGGUGUCUUAUGCUACAUGCUGUCCAAUGUAGUUCUCAAUCUUGUGCUGCCUUAUAUCUACAAUACAGACGCAGGCAAUCUCACAGGCAAUCUGAAGGGCAAGACUGGGUUUGUCUACGCUGGGUUUUGCCUCUUUGCCUGUUUGCUAACGUGGUUCAUCAUCCCGGAGAUGAAAGGUCGCACUGUCCUGGAAAUUGAUGCAAUGUUUGAGGCAAAGCUUACGUGUGCAGAAUUUCGAACCUGGUCUAGUCCUAUCGUUCUCGAGAAGAAAUAUGAUGCGUAA